AUGAGCCAACCAACACAAAUACAAAGCAGCAGCUUCACUUGCGAGUUGACACAGCGGCCGGCGAUCUGUCCACCAUGGACGGGCACAUCAACCUAGGUCAUGCCAACUCGUACAUAUUAUCUCAACGGAAGACACUAAAUCAGCCACAAGAAGAGGCAGUAAAGGCAGCUAAAAGAGAGCUGCCCAGGUCUCCUAAGCAACCAUGGAUGCUCCGCGUUCAAGGUGUACAAGGCCGAUUUGGAGUGGUUCCCUCGCAAGCCUCUGCUAUUCCCCACCUCUCACGGCGUUCUGCAUCUAGAUUGUUUUCUUCAGUGGCAGGAAGGUUUCCAAGGAGGUACAGAAAGCAAAGUUCAAACAAUUCAGUGCAGCAGCAGCAACACCUCCAAGGUGAGAAAUAUGUGCCUAUUUAUCCUUCUUUGCUAGCUGUGUUCCUCUGCCGGGCAUCGACCAUGAUCUCCAUGUCGCCACUAAGGCCAUGGCUCCUGGGAUCCAGGACGCUGAGCUCGCAUGGUCUAGGCCACUAUCGAUUUUUUUUCUCUUGGUCGAUGGCCUCUUUCGCCUAUGGUCGGAUCUGUGCGUCAGCGUCCACAGGAGGAUUAGGAUCUGGCUGUGCUCCAUGACCAUCACAACCAAGCCAGGGAGCGCCAGAGAUCACAACUUGAAAAUUUUAACUGCAAUAUUUGUUGGUCAGUGUCCUCCUCUGAAAUUGUUCGUAAGGUAGUGCUUUAUUCUGUAUAGCAUCCUUGGAAGAUUGUGUGGUGUGAUGCUUUAUUUAUAAAGCGGGUGUAGAGCCCUUUUUGUUAUUCUGUAUAGCAAAGGGAAAGAGCCUCAAUUUGGUAUAGCAAUGGGGGCGAUCCUUCGUUGGAAGAAACAUUGGUGUGAAACAUAUAGACUUACUGUUUUUUAAUACUAGCAUAGUGUUGGUUGUUAAUUUUAAGUGUGUCAUCAGUUUUUCAGCUAAUGAAGUUAUGCUCACGACAUGGAGGACUUCAAGGACAACCUACCUGAUUAGUGAACUAGGCCAUUUACUAUACAAAUAGUUAUUUUGUUACAAGUUACGCCUGUUGCUUCUAAAUACUACACUUUUGGUUGCAUUUUGCAACUAAGGACAACACAAGCAGACUCUAAAACAUUCGAGCAAUGCCCAAGGUUAGUCCUUUUUUCCACUAUUGUGAACAUGGACGUUGAGUAGGUAAAUUUUUUUGCGAGGGACGUUGAGUAGGUAAUUGCUCCUAAAAGAAACCUAAUUAAUGUAGUGUUGAACCUAAUUUUGAGAUGAUUUUUAUUCUACCAUUGUACAGUGCACAUUAGCAUCGUCUAAAUACAUACGCCUCUUGGGGUUUCUUUUUGGUGGCAAAUUGAUUCUUGCAAUCAUAGCGGAAAGGCCAGCAAUAAGGCACUUUAGACUGAUGAAACUUGCAUAAGUAUUCCUCUUUGUGAUACGAUUUCACCAAAAGUUUCAACAUUGAGAUGUUUUUACUUAGUUAAAGCCCGAACUGAGGCACCCACCCAUACAUGUAUAAGCUCCAAAAACAUAAAACAAUAUGCAAAGAAUUUUUCAGCUUUCGGGCUAUAAGCAUUAGACAUUUUCAUAAGAAAUGGUGAAUGUUAGUAUCAAUUGAAUCAAUUUGACCUUAACGCAGUGCAGGUACUGUUAAAUCUGUAGUUGUAAUUUAUUCAUCUGUAACUUGAUUUUCUUUUCACUUCUGUUUUUAUAAAUUCAUGUAGUCAUCUAUAAUAAUGAUUUUUUUUCUUUUGAGAGAGAAAUUGUGUGUUUGCUCUGGUUUCAGUUUUAACGUCAGCUCCUUCCAAUCCGUAACUACUUAUAGACUACUUCAUACGGAUGGGUUUGCAACUUUGUGUACAGACUGCUUCAACACUUCUAUUUUCUAUAGGACUUGGAUUAAUAAUCUCCAACAAUAUGGUCAUGCUUCUUAUAUUCUCUUUCAGUUCUAAAUACAUUUGUGCUUUUCUCUAUGUUGUACUACUAAACUAUGUGUGAUAGACUAAACAUAAAAAUAUGACGGGGUGUUGGUUUCAGCCACAGAAAGAAUUGAUUUGGAGAACAAAGGGAAUUUUCGGCGGACGAAGAACUCGCUCGAGAUGCUCCAGUGAUGAUUUUAUAUAGCGUUUUAUCUAAACCUGGGUUCCUUCUUUCAGACUGGGCAGUGCCAUAUGAUGUGAAGCCGGUGUAAUAAAUUUUUCAUUUGGCAUCGGUGGUGAUGUGGCAACCUUUUAGACAAUUUGGCACCUGUAACACAGUGGAAAACCUCAUACGAGCUGGUUGCCUUCUUGGUUGUUGCGGCUUCUGAAUUAAGUGUACCACUAUGUUUAAAACGCCAUGAUCAGAAGUUGUGGUGGGUGUACCGAUUGACUUUUAUUACAUGACUAUUCCUAAGAUUGAUUCUUA